AUACGAUAACGUGCACGGAAAUGAUUAUGGCGAAACUUUCGACGGGCGACGUGCCGCGUACUACGAAACUUUUCACCUAUACUCUCGUCCAGCUCCAGAGAGUCUUCGCUAAAGUCUUCGCACUUGACGAGUUAAAUCUUCCGGUUGUUGGAACGAAGAAAAUUGGAGAACUCUCCAAUCACAGCAUUAUUAUCUUAUCAGGAAAUUGCCACAUUCGUGUGCUGUCGAGGCAAUGUUCAAAUAGAGGAAACAAAUCCAAGAUGCAACAUUGGAAAUGGAUUUCCGAUACUACGGCUGCUAUCUUCUUCCGCCUACUUGACAGACCAAGAAAAUAAUGUCGAUUUUCCAACAUACUCGAAAAAUUCUAUAUCCAACCUGACGUGGCAUUUGCGCUUAAAGGACUUUCCGACAUUUUGCUUCGGAUUUUGUGUAAACGAAACAGCUUUUACAAGGUAUUUUGCAAAAUGUAUAAUCUAAUACGUUCAUAUUAUAUCUCAGUGAUCUACAAAAUUAGUCCGCGGAACAAUACCUAAUACGAUUGAUCAUAAAAGAAACUAAUCAUCGCUAAUAGCGGUCGUGCAUUUUAUGGAGUUGACACUGAAUGGCGAUGUCAAUCAAGAGCACAAAUGGAUUAUUUGCCGCUGUCUCAGAGAUUGAUUUUGAGUGCCGUAUCGAAAAUCGAUUUUCAAUCACGCUGAUUCGAUUUACUUCUCCUUCAAAGUCCACUAGAAUGUAGAUUCAACGUGCCCGGCGAAUAUAGCGGAGGCCGAGGGUGUGCGAAGUC